GAUUUUCAUAGAUUAUCAACUAGUACUAUCAAAUAUUAUAUGUUCGGUUAAGUUCCCUCUCAGAAACCGAUGAUUCUAUACUAUUUUCCAUAUAUCUAUAUUUCUACAGACAUUUGGCCACAUCAUCAUCGUGAGAGAUGUAAUGGAACUUAGAUCCAACAGACCCAGACACUAGUACUUCUUAAAUGAAGGAUGAAAGUAGAAAAGCAUUGCCUUUUGCCUAGUAUCCUACUAGGUAGGUACAACGAUCAAACCAGCGCUAAGUACCGAGUUCAUAUUCUUCCCAAUGCACGAUAUCAUGCAUUGCAAUGCGAUAAUAUAUACCAGCCCAGGCCCUCCAUGCAAAGUAAUAGAAAAAAUAAGUAUGAACAGAAGGACGAUGGAAUGGUAGAAAUGACGCCAGCGGAGAAGAAACAAAAACAAGAACGGGGUAUUAGAAAGUAACUUUCAAUGAUGUUUGUGAGAAUGGACAAGAAAGUAAAGAGCAAGAAAGGAAAA